AUCGGGACUGGACUGCAGCCGCACCCACCGACUCCCACCCGCGCGUCCUCUCAGAUCCCCAGAUCCCUCCCGGCCAUGGCCCGCCUCCUCCCGCGUCGCCACUGCUAGCGCCAUGGCCGCUGCCGCCUCCUGCAGGAGCCCGCUCGUCUGGCUCUUCGCCCUCGCAGCCGCACUGUUCUUCGCCUCCUGGUACCUCCUCCUCGACUCUGCCGCCGCGCCGCCGGCCCGCCACCACCACCAGGGGCUCCGCCUAGGCGGCGGCCGGCGCCCCGGCGCAGGGAAGAAAUGUGACCCGGCCAAGGCGCUGCUGCGGGUGUUCAUGUACGACCUGCCCCACGAGUUCCACUUCGGCCUGCUCGACUGGAAGCCCCCCGGUGGCGGCGGCGUGUGGCCGGACGUCAGGGACGGCGUGCCGGAGUACCCCAGCGGGCUCAACCUGCAGCACAGCAUCGAGUACUGGCUCACGCUCGACCUCCUGGCCUCCGAGCAGGGCGCGCCCACUCCCUGCGCCGCCGUGCGGGUGCGCGACGCCGCGGCGGCCGACGUCGUCUUCGUGCCCUUCUUCGCCUCGCUUAGCUUCAACCGCCACUCCAGGGUCGUCCCGCCCGCGCGGGACAGCGAGGACCGCGCGCUGCAGCGGAGGCUCCUCCGGUACCUCGCCGCGCGGCCCGAGUGGCGGAGAUCCGGCGGGAGGGACCACGUCGUGCUCGCCCACCACCCCAACGGCAUGCUCGAUGCGCGCUACAAGCUCUGGUCCUGCGUCUUCGUGCUCUGCGACUUCGGGAGGUACCCGCCCAGCGUCGCAAACCUCGACAAGGACAUCAUCGCGCCCUACCGGCACGUCGUCAGCAACUUCGCCAAUGACACCACCUGCUACGACGACCGACCGACGAUGCUCUACUUCCAAGGCGCUAUCUACAGAAAAGAAGGUGGUUUCAUCCGGCAAGAACUGUAUUAUCUUCUGAAAGACGAAAAAGAUGUGCAUUUCUCAUUUGGAAGUGUGGCUGGUAACGGGAUUGAGCAAGUGACGCAGGGUAUGCGGGCUUCCAAGUUCUGCCUCAACAUUGCAGGUGACACGCCAUCCUCCAACCGCCUAUUCGAUUCCAUAGUCAGCCACUGCGUUCCAGUCAUCAUCAGUGAUGAAAUUGAGCUCCCAUUCGAGGAUGUCCUUGACUACUCUAAGUUCUGCAUCAUUGUGCGUGGUGAAGAUGCAGUGAAGAAGGGUUUUCUGAUGAAUCUGAUGAAAGGGAUUAGCCGAGAAGAGUGGACACGCAUGUGGAACAGGCUUAAGGAAGUAGAAAGGUACUUUGAAUACCAGUACCCAUCUCAGAAUGGCGAUGCUGUCCAGAUGAUCUGGAAGGCCAUAGCUCGAAAGGUGCCCUCAAUCCGGCUGAAGAUCAACAGAUUACGAAGAUUUUCCGUGUUUGAAACUAACAACACAAAUGAGACUCCACCUCCUGUCGAAACAAGAGUUGAUAUGGAAGUCUGAACCUGAACCGCAGCCUGGGGGCAAAUUGUUACGGCUGCAGAGAUUAAUGGAGUAGAGUACACCUGAUACAUGUUAGCAUCACAGAACUACAGGUCCCACGACAUAAUUUUUUUCUAUUUAUUCUUUUACUCGUGUUCGGGUAAAUUGUCCUCAACUGCAAAUUAGGGGCAAUAAAUUUUGUAGCAGAAGUUGUAUAUUCUCGGCGGUAGUGUGAUUACUAAUUGGCUACAAUUGCUCGCUCUUUGGUUUCACUUGCACUGGAGUCCAUAAAUGUAACUCAACAUUCUUGGAGCAAGAUUUUUUGUACCUUGCCGAA